AUGACAGAUGUCUUCUGGGAUACUGACCUGGCAUUCAGCAACAGCACCCUCAGGGCUGAUGGCCAGCGAGGGGCAUCCCCCCCUUGCCUUGGACGCUCCCUCCGGAGUGAGGGGGUGCCCCAGCUCAUCCUCCUAGUGGAGAGGGUGCCCCCAUCACUGAGCCCUGGGGCAGGUGUGCUCUGGAUUGCAGAAUUUCAGGAUGUCCUUGGGGAACCCAAGAUUAUUCUGCACAAACUCCGUGAACUGUGCUUCAGUGGGAUUCCUUUUGAUGGUGGGCUGCGCUGCCUCUGCUGGAAGAUCCUCUUGAACUACCUCCCUGAGGAGAAGGCCUUAUGGAGCACCUUGCUGAAGAAGCAGAGGGAGCUAUAUUCCCAAUUCCUGAAGGAAAUGAUUAUCCAGCCUGGGAUAGCCAAAGCCAACCUCGGUGUCUCCAGGGAGGAUGUGACCUUAGAAGACCACCCGCUCAAUCCGAAUCCAGACAGCCGAUGGAACACGUACUUCAAGGACAACGAAGUGCUGCUGCAAAUAGACAAGGAUGUCAGGAGGCUAUACCCUGAUAUGGCAUUUUUCCAGCGCCCAACUGACUACCCCUGCUUGCUAAUCCUGGACCCUCAGAAUGAGUUUGAGACACUCCGCAAGCGGGUAGAACAGACAACGCUCAAAUCACAGACAGUGGCACGAAAUCGGAGUGGAGUCACAAAUGUGAGUUCCCCUCUUAAAACAUCUGUUCCAAAUUCACUAAGUGAGUAUGAAGUUCUGCCAAAUGGCUGCGAAGCUCACUGGGAAGUGGUAGAACGAAUCCUGUUCAUCUAUGCCAAGCUGAAUCCAGGGAUAGCAUAUGUUCAGGGGAUGAAUGAAAUAGUGGGCCCUCUUUACUAUACCUUUGCUACAGAUUCCAACAGUGACUGGAAAGAACAUGCAGAAGCAGAUACAUUUUUCUGCUUCACCAACCUAAUGGCUGAGAUCCGAGACAACUUCAUUAAGAGCCUUGAUGAUUCUCAGUGUGGCAUCACCUACAAGAUGGAGAAGGUUUACUCCACCCUGAAGGAGAAAGAUGUAGAGCUGUACUUGAAACUGCAAGAGCAAAACAUCAAGCCCCAGUUCUUUGCCUUCCGCUGGCUGACGCUGCUGCUGUCCCAAGAGUUCCUGUUGCCAGACGUCAUCCGUAUCUGGGACUCGCUCUUCGCAGAUGACAACCGCUUUGAUUUUCUGCUGCUUGUCUGUUGCGCCAUGCUGACACUAAUCCGGGAUCAAUUGCUGGAAGGGGACUUCACUCUGAAUAUGAGGCUGCUACAGGAUUAUCCCAUCUCUGAUGUUCACUUGAUUCUGAAGAAAGCAAAGGAGCUUCAGGACUCCAAAUAGUCCAUAGGCCUGUGAGAGAAACUGUGCGGUAAUGUAUCCUAGGAGACAGCCUCCUACAUGCAGUGCAUCGUCAGAGCUUCUACAGUCUCUGCUGGAUGUUUGGUUUUGUGUCCCAGCAAUUGGCCUUGAAGACUUCCUUCUACUCUAUUAGGUGAAAGACUGCCUAUUCCCCAGCUAGUCAUGUUCUGCACUCCAGAUUUUCCUAAUCUCAAACAACUCCACACUGCCUUGUGCAGUACUUCGUAUUUUUUUAAUGACUUUAAGUUUGGGGGGAUGGAAAUUGUUUAGCUACAUAUCCCUCAAAGUCUUAUGAAAUGAACUCUUGUCAUCAUAGCACUAUGGAAAUGUGCAUACGCACAGAAACUUCUGUGUUAGGGGCUGGGACCAGUGGGAUUUUGGUGAGUACAGAAAGAAGAAUGUCUCAGUGUAAAUGCGUGUGUCUCUGACAUCAUGCAUCGUGCUGGUUUGAGUAACUGCUGAAUUUUGUUCCUUUUAUGCCCACGCCUUACCAUCUCUUUUGGGUGCACACAAAAGGUCCCAUUUCCUCCUGGUGAAUGGCAGGUGAGGAUUCAAAACAAGAGAGUGUUUCAUGGGAAAGAGACUUUAAAAAGCUCAAGCAAGAGAAUGCUAUUACUGCUGGCUGCUUUGUACGGUGAGAUUGUUCUCCAGUAGAGUCUUCCCCAGGAUUACUUAAUCAAAGAGUUGUCUCCUUGAUGCUGACCUGUCUUAGAAGCUAGAACUGUGUGGUUUUAAUCAGUGUAAUUCAAAUGAGCUUUAUGGUACUUACAGCCUUAGAGCAGGUUCCCUGUUGAGACUGGUUGUUUAGUGCCACUGCUAUAAAUCAUGCUUUACCCUAAUGCAAAGGCAGGAUCUCUGACUGCAAACAGGCCUGUGCUGCAAACAGUUGUUUUCAAAGACUUAUUAAUAGGCAUAAUGAUGGUUUUGUUCUUAAGCUGAGUUUUUGUAAUAUUACCCAGAACAUUCCAAAUGUAACUGAACUUGAAUAAGCUCUAGUCACAUUUUUUUCAUAUCGUCCUGUGGUACUCUCUUCUGGGAAGUGACUCGAACUCACAGAUCAGAUUAACACCAAGCCUAUCUUUGGAUGUGAUCUACUGUAGUUAGAAACAAUUCAGUAGGCGUCUACUUCCCCAUUGGCAGUUCCUGAAGGAAGGAGAGAUCUGCUGUUUGUAAUAGGGCAGUAAUACCUGAGGGUUAUUAAUUAAUGUACUCCAUUUAGAUACAAUGGAUCAGGCCCAGUCUGCACAGAUUGAGAUUAAUACUAGGGAAACAUGUAGCCUGCAAGUUAGCUUUGGCAUGAUCAGAAGUCCUCAGCCACGGUUUGGGUCAGGGUGAUGACUGUGGACGAAACUGGAACAGCUGAGUAUUCCAGCUGCUACAAGAGAUCUCAAGCAAAUGCUGCCCUUAGGUGCUUUAUUCUGCCUCUGCAUAGCUGUCUAAUGUGGUGACUGUUCUGUAUUUAUAAAAUCUGAGCAUUUUGCGUUAUGAUGUCUCUCUUAAUUUUGUGCUUUCUCAAAGGUCUGCUCACGCUGCUGGUGAGAACUGGUAGUAUAGUAGCCAUAGUUGUACCAUAACUGGGAGGUUAUCAGCCUUCAGAUAUCAAGUUUACGCUAUGUUCCAACUCCUAAAGACUGAUCAAAGUUCUGUGUAGCUUAGUGAAUUUUUAGAGGGACAGUUUAUCUUUGUUGGUGUCGGGGCUGUUAGCCGCUCUGAUAGUGCCUGAUAUUUUACACUCGUACUCCAAUGCUGCUUCAUUUCUAUGAACCAGAAUAAAUGCUCCAGUAAUGAGGAUGCAGCAGAGUCUUUCUGCUUGGAUGUGGGGAGAGAGUUUUAAACAACUUUUAGCUCAGUGACCAAGCGGGUUGAUGGCUUCCCAUUUUACAGAAAUCCUUCUUAUGGGAUAGAUUCUUUACCAUAAGAAAUGGACAUUUGGGAGAAUACCAUAGCUCUCCGUUUAUAGGCAACUAUAGCUGCUCCCCAUGCCUUUUUAAUCUCUGUGUCUGUGUUGGGCAGCAUCUGUUUCAAGAGAACAUGUGAUGCAUCUCCUGUGCUAGAGAGGCCAAUACUAAGUUGCUUUUUGUCAUUGUAAUGACUGUGGUUGCCCAUAGGCAGCAAAACUCCCACUAGAAUCAUUGAGGUUUGCCUUAAGGACUGUAGGAUUGACUGAAAAACUUGUCAAAAAUGUUCUGGCUUAGAACUGCCCAAGAUGUCCUCCAUUUAAAGUAUUUCCCACCCCCUAUUUAUUUAUCUGACUCUUAUAAACAGUCUUUUGAAAUGUUUCAUGAUUCCUGGGCUGUGUGGAUCACACUUUCCUUAAAAGGAAUCCUUCCCAUCCUCCAUCAAUAUACACACUUAUUGGCAUGUUAACAUAGUGACACAGUCAUGGUGUGUAACAUGCUUCUUUUAAUAGUGGGUGAAUAAUGGUGGUAGUCAGAAGACCAAAAUCUUUAAUACAUUCUAAAAUGCUGUGUAGGUUUCUUUACAAUACAUUAAUUUGUAAUAUUAUCAUAUAGAUAGGUAUAAAAUAUAUAUUUAUGGGUGGAUUUUUUUUUUUUAAUGCACAAAGUCUUGUGUUAAAUAAAAACCCUUUCACAAUGGUAGACCAUGAGAAUAUAUCAAGUUUCCUAUUUGGAUUUAAAUAUUCCCUUGUUGUGUCUGCAGCUCAAAUAUUGCAGCACUUUGUUGGUGCUUGAAAACUUGAAAGUGACUUCAGUUAUCCUCUCUGCUUAUUCAUUGUGAACGAAAUGCAGAAAGCAGGUGUAUGACUGAAGAGCUGAUGUACUAAAAAUUUUAGAUCUUCCAACCUGUAGUUGUCACCUGACCAGGUCCUUUUUAAAGAAGGUAACUCCAAAAAAUCAUACAACUGAGGAAAUGUGCUGUGUAGACUGGUUUAGGGCCGAAACCAACUUUUUCUGAAAUCAUUGGAGUCUUUCUGUUGAUUCUUUUGGGAGUUGGAUUAGACGUUUAAGGAAUAACAGCCCAGAUGUGAGUGAAGAGGCCUGGAACUGAUACAGUAGUGUAGCCAUCUCCAUUGCUGUAUAAAAGAUGCUUAAUUUUGGGUCUUGCUUCUGUCUUCAUCCUCCUAGCUAGCUGGGAUGCACUAUUUAGGAUGGUGUUGUAGAGUUCCCACAUAAAUUGUGCUUAUCGUAAGGAAUAAAACGUAUUCUAGUGGGAAAUCUCCAGAUUGUGGUGGUGAAAGUAAUUGAGGAUGAGAACGGAGAUCCUUACAAAUGACACCCCGGUGGAAAACAAAUGGCAGACACACACCUUAGAUGUCUUCAAGGAUGUGGCUUAGUCCAGAAUCCUUAGUUUUUGCUGCAGGCUUUGAUUAAACUCCAUUUUUAGGGUCUCCUCCUGUUUGAACAACAUAUGGCCUGAACGUUUUAUUUAUGAUGGUUUAGCGAGUUGAAGCUGAACAUCUGUAAACAAAGGAGAGGUUCUCUAGAUGACAGUGAAAUAAAAGGUAUAACAGCGUAGAAAACUUGAAGGGAGUUCCCUUCAUGGUUCCCAAAGUCAAGACUAGAGAACUUGUUGCACUGAUACAAUUUGUGAGGCUCUGUUUCCUACUUGAAAAGACCUCUUUUCAUUAGUAACUUGGGUCCCUUACUAUUUUUUAACACUUAACUUUGAGCAAUGGAGGGUUUGCUGUGUUGAUAUUUGAAGGGACAGAAGCUGUUGAAAAGGCUUGUGCCUUUUUUCUGAUACUUUAAGAUUAUAUAUACAGCUGACUCUUAUUGUAGCGUGGGGCUUGUGUUUCACUUUAAUGGGGCAGACAAACACUGUUUGUUUGGAGAAAACUUAACAACUGGGAACUUACUGUCAGCCCUUCUGACUAGUUACCCUGACUCCCAUUCCUCAAAUAAUUUUAAAGCUGAACAGCAUUAACUAGCCCAUUGUCUGUUGUCUUUGUACAUAUAGUGGCUGCCACAAACCUGCAGGAUUGGAGAAAUCUUACGUGGGAUUUGUGACUCCAAAGCUUUCUCUGUGACUGGAGCAGCUUUGAGAAUUUCAGUGCAUAGCUGCUCUUUCUUUCAGUGCUUGUGGGGGAGGGGAUCCAAAUACACAGGAGAAGAUUUAAAUAUCUUAAGCCUUGAAUUCAUUAGCUGCUCACUGUGUAAUACAAAUAAUGUCUCCAGAGCAGGGGCAUUACAACUUCAUUGGAAGCUUUUCCUCUUGCAUGGGGGAGUGGGUCUGGAAACUAAGCUGAAUUGAGGGAUGAAUUGAACAUAAGGGAAAAGGCCAGCAUCUUGUGCAUGUGCCACUCCCCUUUCCCCAUGAAAUCUUGUAGCCUUUGCUGAGAGAGGGAAUUGGGAUAGCAGAAUGUAAUCCUGAGGUUGUUCACUUAAGUCAGGGAAAGGUAGAACUGAUUUUUUUUUUUCAGGGCAAGUGCUGUCUAGGUUAGCUUUGGACUGGAGUUCUGUUGUCCAUUCUUGAAUUACUUACAGCUGGAUGGAGUGAAACUUAGGAGCUGCUGUAGGAAGCACAAUGAAGUAUGCAUAUAAGGGCUCUUGUUACUUUUAAAUGAGCAUUAGUGGUUUUUUGUAUGUUUUAGCCAUUCAGAAUUUUUUUCUAAAAUGCCCUUUUGCAAAAGGGCAAAUCUGAUUUAUACAAGUUCUACAACCCCUUUUCAGUAUGGAGAACACUUCUGUAUGUCAUGCUUUUACCACAUAUUUAAAGUGUUGUUAAACACUAUUGAUUUUGAUGAAGCUCCCUUCUGCUAAACAGAGGACUUUGUAUUGAUAUCUGCUAUCCAAUAACAAUGAGACUCCCCCAUUGUGCUCACAGUUAAAGCUGCUGUAUAUGGUUUAUUACAGUGUUUCUGAAUGCCUUCUGCCAUAAUAACUAAAGGAAGCAGUAUGUCAGUUGAACAUCAGUAGAACUAAUCUCACUCUGUUGUAUCCUGGGAGUCUGUUGGUAGCAUAGGGUUCUACAUUUAUAAGCUAAACCUAUCCACUACCACUGCCUUAUUCUUUUUCUAAGCAAGAUUAUUUGGCUUGUUAUUUUGAGCCUUCCUCUAUUUUUAUAGUACUCUGGUUUCUGGUGGGAUAGGGAGUAUGGGUGGUGUGUUAAAGGAGGUGGUCCAAACUUGAAUUCACAAGGCCCAAGGUGUAUUCUCUCAUUAUCUACAGGGACUAUGUUUAGUAGGGACCUGGCUGUGUCUGUGCCGGUGUGGCUUCCUAUAAGUAAAAUUGAACAAGCAUUUGUAGACAAAGCUGUUGCUUGACAAUAUUUCUGAGACUGCACAAUGUUCCUGAUAGGAAGGCCUGCUUGGACCAUAUUAACUGUUGAGAGUCACUGACUUUGCACUACAGAUUUAAGCAACACUGUACAAGCCCACCCUCCCCGCACCAGGACAGUUGCUACAAAUCCAGUGGAAGGAACAUGCUGUUUCCUCUAACCUGAAGAAAAGAAGUAAAGAUCUCUGAUCCACAAUGACAUGCAGAGGGGCUGGGAGAUGUCUCCUUUCCCUCACAAAGCUUGUCUUACUGUCAAUUGGUUUAUUACCUUUGCUUUUUAUUUCUAUAAUUUCUUCCAUGAGCUAUAAUCUGUAAUGUCUGCAAUUUUUUAAUGAAUGCUGUUCUGUUGAUUUGUUAUAAUAAAUAUUUUUGUUUGCAA